AUGGAUUUAGGCCUACCUGCUGGAGCACCCUCCCUUGGGCAGCCGAAUGACGACGCUGCUGCGAAACAGGAGCAGGAGGAUCAGAUGCGUCGGGAUAUGAUGUCCACUGUCCUCGACACUGCAGCCAGAGAAAGACUGUCUCGUAUAGCUCUGGUCAGCGCUGAAAGGUCGAAGCAGAUUGAAACUAUUCUCAUCCGAAUGGCACAAUCUGGCCAGCUGAGAGGACGCGUUACUGAAGCACAACUUAUCGAUCUUCUCAAUCAGAUGGAGGAGGCUCAAGGGAAGGGACCUGGGGUACAGAAAUCCACCAUUGUGUAUCACCGUAGGAAAGGUCUCGAUGAUGAUGAUUUUGAUUUCUGA